AUGGAAGCAACUGCUAAGCUGAACGAGUCGCACACUCCAAGGCAGGCAUUUCGGAACUGUCCCUUUAAAAGUGUCAAUCAGCCAUCUAGAUGUAGACAAGGGAAAGCAGCAUCUCUCUCCCUCUCCGGCGUCCUUCGGGUACGUGAAAGUUUGCCGGGGGAGCUGCAUCCGAACCGUCCCAGGGACGCGGCGGACAAAAGAAGGCGGAACUACGUGGCUUCCCACCGAGCCGGCGGCAGCAGCAGCAGCCGGGCUCCCCAAAGCCCCGAGGCGCGGCAGUGCGCGCCCAGGCGCGUGUCCUUGCUCGGCGCCGGGGGCCCCGGGGCUGAAGAGCGCGGCGCUUCCCCGCCCGCCGCGGCUCUUGGCCGCCCAUCGGAGCCUGGACGUGGCAAGCGGGGCGCUGGAUCGAGCCACGCCGAAGCCACCGGCUCUGACCUGACCGCGCCGGGGAAGCCUUCGAGGGUGGAUCGAGAGCAGCCCGGGGCUGCUCGGCGCGGGAAUCCCAGCGGGCGGCGGCGGCAGGAGCCGGGGCGGACGCACAUCCGAGGGAUGCCCAGCUUGAAGCGCCUGCUGCGAGCGAGGCUGGGCUGCAGCAGGCGAGGCUCCGUAGCGUUUUGCCUCUGCUGGGCUGUAGGGGGCGCCUUCCUCCUCCUCGUCUUUCUAGCGCGCGGCGGCGGCGGCUUCUUCUUCUUCUCUGGGCGCUGCACGGACGAGCAGAGCCACAGGAUGCUGGCCAGGCUGUGUCUUGACUACAGGACAGGAGCCUUGACAGGGGACCUUUGUGAAGACUUAUGCGUGGCACAGAAGUUGAUAUACAAACGCUGCCUUUAUUAUGACAGAGGUAAGAAGGUCAUCCAAGCUGACUGGAGAGGUCGCCCAGUGAUCCUGAAAUCAAAAAAUGAAAUAUUCUCUAGUUACCACCACCUUAGCUUUCUGGAGGAAAUGGAAUCACAGGGUAUUCCAGAGGCAGAACUGCUUCUGAUGGUUGCUUUGGAAAUCAAGAGUGUUCUGGGCUUAGAACUUCCCAAUAAUACUAUGGGAAGUUCUUUGUGGACUAAGAGGAGAGGUCCGCACUGGAAAGCACAACUGGCUAGUAUGUGGUCCUUACUCCAACAAGAAGAAUAUAUUUACUUUAGUGUCUUGCAAGACUUCAGUAAACAUGUCCUCAGGGUCAUUGGCUCUUGUGGCCAUUUCUAUGCAGUGGAGUAUUUGACAGCUGGACAUGCCUGGCACAAAACCCUCUUUUCUGUGGAAGAUGCCGUCGGUGCCUCCUUCUCUGGGAUUAAAAGCAAAGCUAAGGCCGUCACCGAAAUUGCAAUCAGCUUCCUGGAUAUGGUGAAUCAUUUUGACAAUGACUUUUCUCACCGGCUUCAUCUCUGUGACAUUAAACCGGAAAAUUUUGCCAUCCGAAAUGAUCUGACGGUCGUCGCUAUUGACGUAGAUAUGGCGUUUUUUGAACCUAAAAUGAGAGACAUCCUUGAACAGAACUGCACAGGAGAUGAAGACUGUAAUUUUUUUGAUUGCUUUUCAAAGUGUGACCUGAGGAGCAGAAAAUGUGGAGCAGAGAGAGCCAAUAACAACCUCCAAGUCAUCUGUGCUAAAAUAUUCCAGCCCUGGUUCUCCUUAAACCUCAGAGGAUCUGCCCUCUCCUUUCCCCUGCAGCUUCAGUUACAGAAGGCGGUACAGGAAUGUGCAGAAUCAGGGACCAAGGAUAUUACUCAUCUCCAGAGUAGUUCUUCAGAUUCUCUUUCCGAGUUAUACCACUUGCUCCGAGCCAGCCAAAAGGAACUUCAGAAAUCUGGUCGCUCUGCUCAUCGAAUACACCAGUGA